GAGGAGUAGAAAAACAUUCCUGUAGGAUUUAUAAUAACUGAGUGAAUCAUGUGUGGCGCUUCACAGUAUUACUAACUAGAGGUGAGCGCAGAUCAUUAAAACUGUUACAAACGCAUGCAAAUCAUAUCAGCGUGAUAUUGAUAUGUGAUGGAGGACUUCUCAGGUCUGGCUCUGCCUCCUCUGUUCGGGGGUCACAUUCUGGAAGCGGAGCUGGAGACGGCCGGCGUGGAGCUGGGCCCCAGCGGCACUGAGCUCCUGGGUAACGACGGGGCCCCGGCGGGCCCCACACAGGACGAGGAAGAUGAGAGGAGGGAGCUGGACAAAAACAAGUAUCAGGCCCUCAGCAAGAGGUGCAGAGAGAUCGAGCAGGUGAAUGAGAAGAUUUUGGGACGCCUCCAGCAGGUGCAGAGACUGACACGCCGACUGAGAAAAGAAAGAAGGUUUCUGAUGAAGACUCUGGACUCGUAUGGAGAUGAUUACAGGACGGCGCAGCUCACCAUCACACUGGAGGAUGAAGGGAAGGCAGGUUUAGAUCCAGCUGCUGCUGCUGAUGAAGACAGCUCUUCUCCAGCGUUUCCUCAUCAGUCAGCGGCUGGACCAAAGAAGAAGAGACCGCGGCUCCCGAAGGACAGAGAGAGAGACGCACAGAUGGAGUCGGAGGCUCAGUUCCCAGGAUGCACCAGCCCUGCUCCCCCGUCUCACUGAUCCCACACCCCAAGCAUGCAUCACAUCACCGCUUCUGUUGAGAAAUCAUGACUACCCUUUUUUGUUUUUUGUAAUAAAUCUUUUUAAUGUAUCUCCAGCGUUUGGGCCCGAUCUUUCGUAAGGAUGAAGACAUUAAGAUACUUUUACAGAUAAAUGAACACCAAGUGAAUCCACGUCCGUACAGAUGCCGGCUGACGUCUAUCGGUGUUUGCCGUAUCUGUUGAAGCGGCGGUACAGGAAGCUGAUCCUCUUGUCCAGGAUGUGCUUGUCCUCGCCCAUCAUCCGGUCCCCCACCAUGCGCUUCUUCCGGAUGAGCCGCUGGAGCUCGUUUCCUCUGAAGCCCCGGAGCCACAGCGGCCCUCGGAUCAGCUCUUUGGGAUGAGCUUUAAAACCCCCUGCAGUCACACACAGUCAAACCCUGACACACACCAGUAAUGCUGAGCAGUGUACAGUGAAAUACAGAAACUGAGAAGAAGAAACAAACAUUCUCUAUAGAAACGCACAGAUGAAGGGGGUUAAUAAAAGCACUUUAUUAACGGGGAACUGGAUGAUGUUGGUGUGUGUGAGUUUAUAUGUGCUCACCCAGGAUCCCGAUGUUGUCAUAGACUCCGAGCAUGCUCCUCUUCUCCGUCCACCGAUCCACAUCCUUCAGUUUGGGAAUCGCGUGCAUCCGUAUUCUGGCGCACGCUCCUGUGGGACACAUACAGCAGAACACACUUUACUCUGAGCACUGCACACAUGAUCAUCUUCAGAGCAGAGCGUGGUCUGUGCGUCACCUGUGCUGAAGAGUCUCGCGCACAGCAGAGCCGAUGACUGACAGGCGGUCACCGCGCGC